UGUUCUUCACGAUCCUCUCUGUAAUCUUAUUCUUCUUCUUCUUCUGAGAGCUCUCGCGUCUAUGGCGGUCAAAUGUUUCUCUCUUUAUCUGAUUUUAGCGGCGAUUGUAAUCGGCGGCGUGAACUCCGAGUACAUAGAGUACAACACAAAACCGAGAAUCGUACCUGAAAAAAUCAAUGUUCACUUGGUUCCUCACUCACACGACGACGUUGGUUGGCUUAAGACCGUUGAUCAGUACUACGUUGGUUCUAAUAACUCUAUUAGGGGAGCUUGUGUACAGAAUGUAUUGGAUUCUGUAAUCGCUUCGUUGCUUGAUGAUGAAAAUAGAAAGUUUAUAUAUGUUGAGAUGGCGUUUUUUGAAAGAUGGUGGAGGCAACAAAGCAAAGCUAAAAAAGUUAAAGUCAAGAAGCUUGUUGACUCUGGUCAACUUGAGUUCAUAAAUGGUGGAAUGUGUAUGCAUGAUGAGGCGACUCCACAUUAUAUUGACAUGAUUGAUCAGACUACAUUAGGCCAUCAGUUUAUUAAAGCUGAGUUUGGUCAGGUCCCUAGAGUUGGUUGGCAGAUUGAUCCUUUUGGACAUUCUGCAGUGCAAGCUUACUUGCUUGGGGCAGAGUUUGGCUUUGACUCACUGUUUUUCGCUAGAAUUGAUUACCAAGAUCGUGCAAAGAGAUUACGAGACAAGACUCUUGAGGUUAUUUGGCAAGGAUCUAAGUCCCUUGGCUCAUCUUCACAGAUAUUCACCGGUGUAUUCCCUAGACAUUACGAUCCUCCUGAUGGUUUCACAUUUGAAAUAAACGAUGUAUCAGCUCCUGUCCAGGAUGAUCCUCUCCUUUUUGAUUACAAUGUUCAAGAGCGAGUCAACGACUUUGUAGCUGCAGCCCUUGCACAGGUCAACGUAACCAGGACAAACCAUAUCAUGUGGUUAAUGGGAACUGACUUCCGUUACCAGUAUGCAUAUUCAUGGUUCAGACAGAUGGACAAGUUUAUUCACUAUGUUAACAAGGACGGGCGUCUCAAUGUUCUGUAUUCAACACCGUCUAUCUACACCGAUGCAAAAUAUGCUGCAAAUGAGUCUUGGCCCCUAAAGACUGAUGAUUUCUUCCCGUAUGCGGACAAACCUAAUGCAUACUGGACAGGGUACUUUACGAGCAGGCCAGCCUUUAAGAAAUACGUGAGGGAUUUAAGUGGUUACUAUCUGGCGGCUCGACAAUUGGAAUUCUUUAGAGGUAGGAAUAGUUCAGGACCAACAACCGAUAUGCUAGCCGAUGCUUUGGCAAUUGCUCAACACCAUGAUGCAGUUAGUGGUACACAAAGACAACAUGUGGCUGCAGAUUAUGCUCUUAGACUCUCAAUGGGUUACCUGCAGGCUGAGAAGUUGGUUGCCUCCUCCCUUUUCUUUUUAUCAGCAGCAAAAUCAAGUACUGAAGAGAAGAAUCCUGGCACAAAAUUUCAGCAGUGUCCCCUACUUAAUAUCAGUUACUGUCCUGCAUCUGAAGCUCGUCUGUCCAGUGGGAAAAGCCUGGUGGUUGUUGCUUACAAUUCUCUUGGAUGGAAACGAGAGGAAAUUGUUCGUGUUCCUGUGUCAUCUAAAAAUGUUAUUGUGAAAGAUGCAUCUGGGAAAGAAGUUGUGUCUCAGCUUCUACCUCUUUCAGACAUUACGCUGAGAAUAAGAAAUGAGUAUGUCAAAGCGUAUCUAGGAAGAUCACCAAGGGAUACUGCUAAACAUGUGCUUGCAUUUACAGCUUCAGUACCACCUCUUGGGUUCAGCUCGUAUGUCAUCUCAGACACUGGACGAACAGCGCGUGGACCACCUGCGUCAGAUGUUACUUCUGGAAACAUAAAUCAGAAUGUAGAAGUUGGCCAAGGAAAUCUGAAGUUACUUUAUUCAGAAGAGGGAGUGAAAAUGACUCGUCAUUUAAGUACAAGAAAUCAGGUUACUGCUGAACAAUCAUAUGCUUAUUACAUAGGAAGCAAUGGAACUGACAAGGAUCCACAGGCUUCUGGAGCAUAUGUUUUUCGACCAGAUGGUGUGGUUCCAGUUAAAUCCGAAGGAGAGGCUCAACUGACUGUUGUUCGGGGGCCUUUGUUUGAUGAAGUGCAUCAGGACUUUAACUCCUGGAUAUCACAGAUUACCAGAGUGUACAAGGAAAAAAACCAUGCUGAAAUUGAGUUCACUGUUGGGCCUAUACCAGCGGAUGGUAUUAGCAAGGAAGUUAUCACUAAACUGACAACCACCAUGAAAACAAAUGGAACAUUUUACACAGACUCUAAUGGACGUGAUUUCAUCAAACGGGUUCGGGACUUCCGAACAGAUUGGGACUUGCAAGUGUACCAACCGGUUUCUGGAAACUAUUAUCCUAUAAACCUUGGAAUAUAUAUGCAAGAUAAAACCUCAGAGUUAUCGGUGUUGGUGGAUCGUGCUGUAGGCGGGUCCAGCUUAGAGAACGGCCAGAUUGAAUUGAUGCUUCAUCGGAGAAUGCAGCAUGAUGACAUUAGAGGUGUUGGCGAGAUUCUUAAUGAAACAGUCUGUCUUCCUGAAGGAUGCAAAGGAUUAACAAUACGAGGGAAGCUUUAUGUACAGAUAGAUAAACCUGGAGAUGGGUCAAAAUGGCGUCGAACAUUUGGUCAAGAAAUUUAUUCUCCACUACUUCUAGCAUUCACAGAACAGGAAGGAGAUAGUUGGAUUAAUUCACAUAAGACAACUUUCUCAGCAUUUGAACCGUCAUAUUCAUUACCAAAAAACGUCGCAUUACUCACGCUCCAGGAGUUGGAAAAUGGGGAAGUUCUUUUAAGGCUUGCGCACUUAUUUGAGGUUGGAGAGGAUAGUGAGUACUCAGUUAUGGCAAAAGUGGAGCUGAAGAAACUAUUUCACAACAAAAAGAUAAGCCAAGUGAAAGAGACAAGUCUUUCAGGAAACCAAGAGAAGGCGGAGAUGGAGAAGAGAAGGCUAAUCUGGAAAGUAGAAGGCUCGGCCGGGAAAGAAGUGAUAAGGGGAGGACUUGUGGACGCAGAGAAGCUAGUGGUUGAGCUAGUUCCGAUGGAAAUCCGAACCUUCUUGAUCAAGUUUGAUGAUCACAUUGAAAUGGUUGGUGAAAGAAAACAGCAACUUACAUAGGUUUUGAAAUAAGAAACGUUGUUGUUCCUCUUUUAAGUUUUUUUUUAAUCGGAAAAGAGAAAACAUAAUGAACCAAGUCUGCCACUUCGAUAAACCGAACUGAACUGAGCUCAUGUUAAUUUUUUGAGUUUAAUUUAUUGUCUAAUACUAGUA